GUGAGGGAGCUGCCUGAGCCAUGAAAGCAGGAACCAACAUGAAGAUUGCUGGGAAGACCGUGUAUGUUUUUGUGCUGCUCACCAUCAUCAUGGUCAUGAGAUUAGCAGGACACAACUCCUCAUCCUUAGUGAUGACUGUAGGUAACAGCUCAGUUCUCAACUGCUCUUUGAAAGGAAAUAUAACUCUGCUUAAAUGGACAAUAACCCCGAAGGCCGGAGGCGUGUGCACCUUGGUAUACAGGGCUGAUAAGAAGAUGACACACAGAACAACCUGCAGUGACAACAUAAACUUGAUAUUCACAGCAGAUCUGCCUCCUGCCCUUGAGAUACGGCAAGUGGGACUAGCCCAGGAGGGAAAUUACAGCUGUGAUGUGGCAUCAGCAGAAGGGAAUUUCCACAAAAGGUACCACCUGACCGUGCUGGCGCCCCCAAGGCUGAGCCUGUCCUGUGACGAGCAGGGCAGCCCCGUGUGCGAGGCAGCGGCAGGGAAGCCGCCGGCUCAGCUCUCCUGGGCCCCAGAGGGCAGCUCCACUGCAGAGGAGAGGUGCCACGACAACGGGACAGUGACUGUUCUCAGCAAGUUCACAGCAUGUAGCACCAGUGUCACCAAUGUGACCACCUGCAUGGUGUCCCACCCAGCUGGGAACCGGAGCCAGUCCAUAGACUGCUGUCCCUCAGAGAAAAUCGUCACCAAUGUUUUCCUGUAUGCCUGCAUCAUUACUUGUGUCCUGAUCAUUAUCACCUUGCUGGCUGUAAUUUACUAUUUCAAGCUCCAUGGUGAUAGACCAUGCCACAAAACCAAACCUCCUGAAAUUGCUCCUGUACAUUCCCAACAGGAUGACACAAUGGAAGUAGAACCUUAUACUACUUAUGUGCAGAAGGAAAAUGUAAUUUACAACUCAGUGUCUGAUCUGACAGUGGGGCAGGAUCUUCCUCAAGACUCGUGUCCAGGAACAUGAAUGAUUCAACAACAUCAGAAAAGGAAAGAGAUUCUUUAUGGAAGACUGGUUAUAGAAAGA